AUGAACCCAGUUUUUAAAGAUCCUACAGCUGAUAGGUCUCUAAACAUGAACCCAGUUUUUAAAGAUCCUACAGCUGACGGUGUUUUGAAGUACAUCAGUCAGAUUCUUAUGGAAGAAGAGUCAGAGGACCAAACCUUUAAUCCACAGGACUUUUCUCUUCAGGCUGCUGAAAAACCCUUUUCUGAUAUCCUUGCUCUGAAAGGUUGCUCGCCAGACGGUGAAGUAUCCGAUCCAAAUCAAACUAUUAUGACUAAUAGUAAUUACUGUUGCAGUAUUUAUGGUUCUAACAACUCCACCAAAGCUAACGACAUGGUUGCGUCUAGCUUCACACACAAUAGAGGAGCUCCGCCUGUUAACUACACUGUCCCAUUCAGUUUGCAGGUCAAUUCAACUCCAUCAUUUUUUCCUGAAAGCUUUUUUCCAACUUUUCCUGAGCAGGUGGAUUCUUCUGUAAAUGUAGCCCUUGGUGAGAGCCAAUUGGAUGUGCUGUUUAAGGGAGGGACAGAUGAGACUUGGGAAUUCCAACAACAGUCAAAUGAAAUGAUUCUUGAUUUUGCAAAUAAAAGAGUGACUCCAGUCAUAGUGACCGCGAAGGAAAGUAAUUGGGCUCCCUCGGCUUGGGAUCUGAAGGAAAGGAAGAGUCAUUACAGAGUGGAGAACGAGUCAGAAAAGAGGAGGAAUAAGCAUUCUUCAGUUUAUGCUGAAGACGCUGAGCAAUAUGGAAUGCUUCCUGAUUUAUUUCUCUCUAUUGGUGGAGAUGACGAACCUGCUCGGUUCAAACUUAACGAAGCAUUUCAAAAUGGUCCAGGUACGAUAUCUUAUUUAAAAGAACAAUCAAGAGGAUCCAAUGAUAGAAUGAUCUGCAGGAAGAACCAAGUUAGUAGCUGGGAAUUGGUUGAUAUGAGGACUCUUCUGAUACAUUGUGCAGAAGCAGUAGCCGGCAAUGAUCACGGGAGUGCAAUUGAACUAUUAACACAAAUUAGGCAGCAGUCUACUCCUUGUGGUGAUGGAUCUCAAAGGCUGGCCCAUUGCUUUGCUAACGCCCUACAGGCUCGCAUGGCCGGCGCCGGAAGCGAGGUGUAUGCAACUCUUGCUGCUAAAGGGGUGACAGCCGCAUGCUUAUUAAAAGUUUGCAGAAUACUUAUUUCAGCUAGCCCUUUCAUUAUUAUGUCGAAUUUCUUCGCAACACAAACUGUCAUUGAGCUUGCUGAAAACGCUGCAAGGCUUCACAUCAUACAUUUCGGUAUUCUCUAUGGUUUCCCAUGGCCUUCCUUAAUUCAGCAUCUGUCAUUAAGACCUGGUGGGCCUCCGGUGCUUCGCAUUACAGGAAUAGAGUUUCCCCAGAAAUUUAACGUAACAGCAGCAGCACUAGAAGAAACAGGACGUUACUUGGCAAGCUAUUGUGAGAAAUUUAAUGUCCCUUUCGAGUACAAUGCGAUAUCACAAAAAUGGGAAAAUGUGCAACUCGAGGACCUCAAGAUCGACAGAGAUGAAGUAACAGUUGUUUGCGGUUUAUACAGGUUUCGGCACCUCCUUGAUGAGACGGUAGUCUUGAAUGGCCAGAGGGAUGCUGUUCUUAACUUAAUUAAGAGGAUUAAUCCAGCGGUUUUCAUUCAUGGGAUCAUUAACGGGGCUUACGAUUCUCCCUUCUUUGUUUCACGUUUCCGGGAAGCCCUCUUCUACUUCUCAUCAUUGUUUGAUAUGCUUGAAGCCAAUACAGCAUGUGAAGAUCCGGAGAGGAUGGUGUUUGAGCAAGAGGUACUUGGAAAGGAAAUCCUGAAUGUCAUAGCAUGUGAAGGAUGUGACAGACUUGAAAGGCCAGAGAAAUACAAGCAGUGGCAGGCUAGGAACGUAAGGGCUGGGCUCCGGCAGCUCCCACUGAAAGAAGGGAUCAUGCAAAAAGUGAGAGAACUAGUGAAGUCAUGUUAUCACAAGGAUUUUCUGAUUGAUCAGGAUGGCCCGUGGAUGCUUCAGGGAUGGAAAGGCAGAAUCCUAUUUGCCAUCUCCUGCUGGAAAUCUGCCUAG